UCAAAUUGAAAUAAAUUAACAAUUAUAUACAAAAACAAAAUUUGAAAUAUCUUAAAUUUCGCCACUUUGAAUGCCCUUACCGUCGAAAUAUGUCUUCAAGCGAUAGUUCCAAUGUCAAUAAUGUCUUGAGCCCGAAAGUGCCGUGCUAUGGCUCUGAUAACUUUGGCUGUGAUCAAAAUGAUUGCAGUGAAUUCCUGCAGCCAUUGCGAUUGCUAUCCAAGGAUUUGUCCAGAGAACGAAAUAGCUAUCGCGGCAGGAGAACGACGCUGCGGCGCUUUAGUGCCGAGCUCAGGAUGAACAGAUCUAAGGAGAAAGACUUGGAGCAAGCUAAAGUCUCUAUUAAUGAUGUAGCGAGUGACAGAUGUUCAGCAUUGGAAAUGGAUCAGGAAACGGGCAGUGAAGACUGCAGGCCUAAGAAAAAGUCGUAUUCGGAUGACUUGUUCAUUAGCCGUCAUCCCAGCUAUACGAUCAAGAAUGUCGAUUAUGCUCUGGAGUGUGAGUUUGUUUACAUGCAGGCGAAAAAGAAAUACAAUGCACAGCUGCGUCGCGAAAUGGAAAACUUUAUUGAACAAAGGCCCAGAAUAUCCGAACAGUUUAUCACCAGAAGGCUUUUUGCCUAUUCUACGCUGUGGCCACCACUCCAUACGAAGGAAGAGCUGGACUAUUUUAUUGCCAACUUUUUUCAGCUGUCGCCGAAGCAAAAAAGUCGCUUAAAUUAUUUAAUGACAACCGAUAUAGUAUAA